AAGUCCGGCCCGAAAAGCGCCAGCACUCUCCUCGUACACGGGACGGGUCUUAAACCAAUAAAAUCGUUGCGCAGACGCGGCUAUUCAGUUGAAAUUUGGUCUUGGACGCGCUCGGACUUUUGGCUUAAAUACAAGUGGCCUUAAGCGGGAAUUGUUCAUUUUAAAUAUUUAAAUUUAAUUUUUUUUUAAACAAUUUUUUUCAUAAUAAUAGAACAAAAUUAAACAACAAACAUGUUGAAGCUACAGGUGUCCAUGUUGAUUUUGGCUUUUUUUUACUGUGCCGCGACCACUUUUGGCACGCCCAUUGCCCCGGCCACGCCUGAUGGCGCCACGCCCAUCGACGCCCGUGUCUCGGCGGCGGAAUUCGGCGCCCAGGACGCCUUCGACUCCGCCGACAGUUCCGGGGAGUCCGCCCAAGCCGAGGCCAGCGACUCGGCCGGAUUCAAGAUAUCUCUCCUCCCAACUCCUGCGAAAACAGCCGAAUCUGUGAAUCUUGAGCAAGAAGCUAUUCCCUCCAAGGUGCUUAGCCUUUAUGAUAAUGGCCAAAAGAAGUUGGCUGAAAUAUCUCAGCCCGUUCCCAUUUUGGACACGAUAAGCGAGCAUGAAAAGUACGGCAACAAUGGCGACAUGUUCGACGGCAUCUCGCGCUCCAUUGUCAAUGGUUACGAGGCCUUCUCCAACCUGCUCAACACCUUCAUACAGAAACCCAAAGAGCUGGCCCGCAGUGUUACCAAAGGCAUUACAGCCCAGUUGGAUAUUAUUGGCGGCAAAUUGGUUGGCUUGUAAUUUAACAAUAGUUUAUUCCUUUUUUCAUAAAUAUUAUUGUUUGUAAUUUAA